AAUUGCGACGUCGACGACGCCACGUUGGCUCGAACGAGCGUUCACGCCUCGAGUAUUGUGCAAGAGGAACUAUGUGCAAGAAGUGAUAUUUUACAUACAGAUGUUGUUCAUAAUGAGACUAAUCUCGUCUCUAAAUUGGUGUUGCCAGAAACAUUUAACGAUUUCCAGUUACCAUUAUCAGACUGUGCACGUAGUAUCUAAUAAGCGGUAUUGAAUUAAGUUCGUUUAUUUUUCGCCCACAUCGAAAUAUCCGUUACCGAUAACGCGAUCGCGCGCGCGUCGAUCCCACUGAGCCUAUCGUGACGUCGAGCAGAGCCCGAGCGCAGCGGAGCCCGAGAGAGGGAGGCGGCACCGCCGGAUAUUUACGGCCGCGCUCACCGCCAGCGGACGACAGUUCGUCGACGAAGGCGCCCACCAGGAGACACCUCCAGCAGAGGACCACCAGCACCAGCUAUAAUCCGGAGUAAACACAGCGACAGCGCCAGUUUCGGUUUUUGUUCCUUCGCAUUGUCACCGUUGUAUGGAGCGUGAUAUACAGCCGUUAAAGUCUUUGUGUACAGCUGAUCAAAAUGCAGCUGGGCACGAGUCUAAUGCAUCAACCAUUGCAGUUGGGCCGCUCCUGCCAGUCGGGGAAACCGCCUCCAAGGUCGAAGACGAAGGCGGCCGCCUUCGCGGAGGCGCGCGGUGAUGUCUCGAACGUGACCGGCGGCGGCUGCACGUUGGACCGGCUCAUCGACGACGAGCAGGACGACGGCGUGUGGCCCUUGGAGCACCCGCUGCCAUUGCCGUGCUGGGACGAGGAGUACAUCGUCCCCUACAGGCUGAAGAGCGUCAGGGAGUACGAGACGCUGGCGUGCGACAUCGAAAUGCAGCUGCGCAAGGUGCUGGAAGAGCACAAUUACGAUACCAUCGGCAACUUCCUGAGGUUCUACGACCGGUUCAGGAACAGCGGCAUGGAUAACCUACUUGAGUUCUUCCACAUGUACUCUCCUCCCAUCACGUCGGAGCAUUACACUUGCGUCGGUCUGGCGUUCGAAUUGUGGAAUCGCAUCAGGAACAAACUCGAAGCUAAAUACCCCGGCAUCGGCAGCCACAUCAGCGUGGUGUCGUGCGAGGAGGACGUCUACAGCCCGGUGGGGUACACGAACUCGUGCAGGUUCGAUCCGAGCUCGGUGCCGCACAAUCUGGAGAAGGAGCACGUGCUGAUGUGCCUGAAGGCGGAGUUCGGCGGGCGGCAGUGCGUCAUGCUGUGCGAUCCGGGGUACCACGUGGCGCGCGUCGUCACCGUCAUGGCGGACGGGGCGUACCCGCACACCGGGUGGUUCGUGCAGUCCGAGGAGAACGACAUCCGCAAGGAGUACAACUACCAGCUGACGCCCGACAACCGGCACUUCGUCGAGUGGAACGAGCGGACGACGCGGAAGGGCAAGGAGGAGAACUUCGUGGGCGUCAUCUACGCGGGCAGGCACUACCUGACGGCUGUUGACGUGACGGAGCGGAGGAACUUGGUGUACGGGUUCAGGAGUUUGUUGUCGAGGGACCAGAAGGGCGAGUUGAUUGCCGGGGUUUAUUUCAAAUUGUUGAUGAACGGCGAUGAGUUUACUAUGUUCUAUCAGAAUAUGGGCAAGCAGCGCGUUAAAAUCAAGUUCUGCGAUGUUAUGAAAUCUGAGAUCGAUAAAGAUUUGAUGGAGAAAUUGACGAUUUGUAAUGAACAACUGAACCUUCCCGAGAACAAGUUGUUGAACAUCAUCAGGAACGCCGGGUCCGUAUUGAGAGAUGCGAAAUUCCUUUUGCAGUUAUCUGACAUCGAUCGGUGCAUCAAUCUUUUGUCGGCCAACAAUUAAAUAUCAUUCGUUUGGUGUUUUUUCUUGCUAUUUUUUAUAUUUCGCGGUCGCUUUGCUUUAGAUUCCAGCUAGAAUGCGGCCCGAUUUUUCGUGUUUUUGAUAAAAUUUAGAAAUCGGACCGCGUUCUACCGCUCAUUAUUUUUUUAAAUCUUUUUUUCGAUUAAUUCAAGCUGAAUUUAUUAGUUUUUAGGUGCAUUAAUUAGUAGCCAUUUUAGUAGGUUAUUAGAUUAUGUUAUUAUUUUGCUUUAUUGGGUAUUUGGAAUUUAUAAAUUUAUAUUUCGAGUAAGUUGUGUU